GUGAUCUAAUGGACAUAUUGGCACUCAUCAAUUCAAGCAUUAAUUUUAUACUCUAUUGUUCGAUGAGCCGACAAUUUCGUACAACAUUUACACUAUUAUUUCGUCCUAAAUUCUUGGAUAAAUGGCUGCCAGUCGCCCAAGACGAUGAGACAAUGGCGGGUGGUAUGGGUGGUGCGGCUGGACGUGCAGGAGGUAAUAGUCAACGUCAAGGCGGUAGUGGUUUUGGGGGACGUACGAAUGGUAUACAACGUGAUAUGAUUAGUAAAAGUGUAAUGGGCGAGCAGAACUUUAAUACUACUACACAAGUAACGAAUGUGUAGCAAAAACAACAACAACAAUAUAAACAACAACCUUUGCCACCACCACUAG